AUGGUGGACCGACCCCGAAUAUCUAGGCUAUCUACAAAGUCAAUGAGUUUGUUACCUACUGUGUCAAACCUUGCACCAGGGUCUACAACGGAUCCAACGACUGCUGUCAACUAUGAGAAUGUUAACCUGGAGAUACAAUCGGUUCAUGUACCCUCGCCUCCAAUUCUACAGCUGGAAGCUGCAACCAUUAAUUCAGAGAUUGAUAUAACUGGAAUUAAUCAGCUUUCUUUAUUACCAACUAAAUUUCACCUACAACCACUGAUUAGCGACGAAAAUACCACUUGUGCUGAUAUCUAUCCAAAUUCUAAUGAUCUUGGGGCCACUGUAUAUCGCAAACAAUGUAUCGAUAUUUCAAAAUCUAAUGAUAAUGUUUUGUUUCAUCAAAAACUUAAACAUUUUUUUAUCUUCUCUGUAGCUGGCAAGCCAAUAUAUUCCUUACAUGGUAAUGACGAUUUGACGAUGGGGUACAUGGGGAUAUUGACUACUAUAUUAUCAACCUUUCAAGAAGAUUUGGACCAGGAUGUACAUGUUAUUGAGUUGGGGAGUAACAGGGUAAAAUUAGUAGUAUUGAAUAGAUCUCCAAUUGUUUUAAUAGCCAUUUCAAAACUUCCACACGAAACUGAACAGUUUCUAACCAGACAGUUGAUUGUGUUAUACAAAUACCUAUUGAGCAUCUUGUCGAAACAAACGAUUGAUAGGGUUUUCCACAAUAGGCUCAAUUAUGAUUUGCGACGAGUGUUGAGUCCUUUGGAUAUGGAGAAUUUAGAUUCACUUUGCAUGAAACUUACCUUUGGACUUCAACAUGAUGGCCUUAAUUCGUUCCUCGGUGAGUUGUUUACCGCCCGACCAUCAUUGCGGAUCCCAUAUACUUUGAGAAAAAAGAUGGACAGGUUUUUGAAGGAACAGCAAGAAGAGGAAGAAGAUUUAUUGUUUGCGAUUUUGAGCAAAGACAAUCAAGUGACUAACUUUGUUCACCCCAAGAUUCACACAUUGACAAAUGAAGAUUUGUACUUGCUUACAUUUAUAGUCCAUUCACUCAAGAACAAGAGUGAAGACCUAUGGAUCCCACUUUGCAUGCCAAACUUCAACCAAAAUGGAUACCUUUACAUUUUUCUGCGGUCUUGGAGACAAUUGACGCUAAUAUUGGUCAGCGGUAGUAAGAAUGCUUUUGAUAAACUCAAGGUUAUUGCUGAUAGGAUUAUCCAAAGGGCCGAAACGUCUCAAGCUGGCCACUUUUUGGAAAACCUCGAGCAAGCACUAAUGAAGCCAAUAAGAAAUGAGGUACCGUUGGUGAUAAAACAUUUCGUCUACGUCAACAAGGAAAUAAACCAAUGCGUCAUUAGCGAAAUAAAUGAUGAUUCGGACGAUUUAAAGUUGCAGUUGGUGGUCUACUAUUCAUUGCUAAAACAAUGUAAGUCCCAAUUAGAGGCUGACGAAAUAAAGAAUGGUUACAAGAAACUUUCGUACAUGCGAUGGAACUCUUCAACUGCAUUCAUGUUGAGCGGCACCUCGUUUGAAUUCUAUUGCGUAGCAGGUGAUGGAGUUGAUUCAAAAAAUUUGAUUGAAAUAUGUCUUAAAAUAGUCAAUUGGUGUAAAAAGAACAAGAACAGACUAUUUAGUACAUGA